CGUGGGAAUCGGGACCGGAGCGCGCUUCGUCUGACGGAGAGAGACGUAUAUUCAGUUUACGUUUUCUUAAACACAAGAAACAGAUUGCAAUCUGCAUAGAGGAAAAAUCUACUGUAGCUCGUUGACCGACCGUGGUGUGUUCCGAGUCUGCUGUCCUCAAAGAGACGUAAUCAUAUAUAGUGCACGGGAUAACGUUUGCACAGUUGCACUGCCUGGAAUGCGCGAGAUCCAAUUUGUGUAUCGGUUGGGUCAACAAUAGUUCUCGUUGUAUUGAGUUUUUAGUUUUCAGAGAGGCUCCACUGCCACGCGAAGGAGGAAACCGAAGUUACGACGGGCUUGUUUGUCUCGCAGUCUCUGAAUUCUGCAGGAAUGUCUCACAAGGAGAGACCAACUUUCUACAGACAGGAGCUGAACAAGACGAUAUGGGAGGUCCCGGAGCGGUACCAGGCCCUGUCCCCGGUCGGCUCUGGAGCCUAUGGAUCAGUCUGGUAAAUACCGUGCAGUAUGACAACAAUAUCUCCGAGAACUAGCUAUAGAGUUGACUGUUGCAUAACAAAUAGCGGAGUUGGCUGAGGUUUAACCUAACGCCCGUAAUAGGGCCUGGGGAAAUUCAACGCUUGCUCAAUCUACUGCGAUGAUCUACCAAUAAACUAUAGCAUCAGUGUAGCAAUUUGCAGAUGGGAUCAAAUCACAAAUCGAGCAGGGGAUACUUUCUGUUUCUCUGCUGUUUACGUUAUCUACAAAGUUUCAGUCAGUGUAACAAAUUAUUAGGCUACUGUUACUGAAACCAGAUCGCCUGUGUUACGCACGCCUCGGGUUUGUAUCGGAUUAUCUUUGUUUUUGUGCAAUUCGAAACAUUUUUGUCUUCCCUGGAUGUUUUUCAUGGUACACAACAUCCUGUAAACAAAAAGUGAUUGUCAUUUGCGAGAAGUUAGCUGACAGAAGAAAGGCUAUUCACUCUCAAGUAAACACAAAGGCACAAUCGAAAUAGUUUUUGAGGAAAUUGUUUUACGGUGCAGAUUGUUAUUGUUGAUAACGUAGCCUACUUAUCGGUGAGGACACAGUGUGCCAAUGAGUGCACGCGCCUAUCGCAUAUCGUCGCCAGCAGCACAUAAACAACAAUGCUAAUACAUCAUCUGUCAAGGUUGUAGAAUCAGAAUGUGUAGGCUAUAUGGUUCUGGCGCCUAUCUCCAAAAUGUUGGAUAACAAUGUGUUUUUUCAACUGUGACGUCUGUAUCUUGCUGGUUCGAAUCCCCGAGUCGACUUGAUGAAAAAUCUGCCGUUGUGCGUGCCCUUGAGCAAAGCACUUAACCCUAAUUGCUCCUGUAAGUCGCUUUGUAUAAGAGCGUCUGAUAAAUGACAAAAAAAAAGAAAAAUUAGGCUACUGAAUGAAAAACAUUUUUUUGCAUGGGGGUUUACAGGCUAUAUAUAGGCUAUUAAAUUUGUCCCACAUGAUGUUGCUUGAACUUGGCUAAAUCAUUAUGCUUUGCAUCUGAAUGUAAGCUGAAAGUAACUGAAACUGAACGUAAGCUUCUAGUUACAUCACCCCUGUGCCCAAUAGCCCCAUGCAUGUUCGUUCUAGUACCCCACUCCAAGCCAGCAGUAUGUGUGACUGACAGAAAGUCAGUCUGCGCUGCUAGUACCUAUACGUAGUGUAGUGAUUGUUCUAUUCAAUAGGCAUCUGCUGUUCUGCCUGCUGGAGAUGAGUUUAGAACAGGGCUCACGGGGGGGGGGGGGGGGGGGGGGGGGGCAUAAUUACAAAUCAUUUGUAGACUGCAAAUUGACCGCAAGAAGCGCAAACGGAUAUAAUAUUUGACUAAAACAUAAUCAUUUCAAACCUUGCUUACAUUUGUGUACAAUCAAGUCACUCUGUUAUGCAUGGUAAUACUUGAGAACAGAUUUCCUUAAGUUAAAAUCCCUUGAAGCUGAUUUCCUGGUGUUUUUAGUCUUUUAUGUACAACAACACAAAAUGUAGGAAAUGUUUUGCUCAGAACUUUGGGGGGCAAACCCUGGUCUAGAAUGAUGUCAUCAAUUCCCGUUGAGUCUACAGGGAUGAGUCAUAGCCACGAGAUGAGGUAACCUAGACUCCUCAGCACUGAUUUCCUUUAGUCAUCCUACUCAAGGUCCAUUUGACAAGAAGACUUCAUUAUAAUGUACUAUUUGUACAUAAUCCUCCUGUCCUGUGAGAAUAAUUAUUUUAUUUUCUGGACAGGAUAUGUGUCACUGCUGGGUUGUUUUGUAGCAGCUGCCUCAUUUUGCUUUCAGUUGGAGAAUGAUGCUUUGACCCUCUGUCACUAGAUGGUCACGCUAUAAAGGACUACGGUGACAAUGGAGAUUAUCAUCAGAAAGUGAGCAGCAACCGAACUGAUGAGCAAAUAUAUAAGCUGUUUAGGGUUAAUGGUAAGGGUAGCUGUAAGGAUUAAUUAAUUGUCCCAGUAUGAAAAAUGUAUGCACUCACUAACUGUAAGUCGCUCUGGAUAAGAGCGUCUGCUAAAUGACCCCACCCCCCAAAAAAUGUUAGGUUAGCUAACUUCAGAAUGUCUGUCUCUGUAUCAUGGCCACAUAUUGAUGACCUGCUGCAUCUCACUCUGGUCUGCUGGACAGAGCAGUUGCCUACUGAUUUAAUGGCGUGGCGAGAGAGCGGCAGCAGGCUGCAGUAUAAUGGGAGAAUAGUCAGGUAUUAAUAGACUAACUCCUCCUCCUUGUCUUAGCUGUUCAAAUCACUAAGAACUUUAAAUGAUCCACACACACAGCCGCGACAGUGCCUCUUCCCCGUCACGAGGUUGAAAAGGUUUGGCAUGGGCCCUCAAAUCCUCAAAGUUAUACAACUGUACCACUGAGAGCAUCUUGACUGGCUGCAUCACUGCCUGGUAUGGCAAUAACACCGCCCUCGAUCGCAUGGCGCUACAUCUCUGGGGCCGAGCUCCCUGCCGUCAUCCAGGACCUCUAUAUCAGGCGGUGUGAAAGGAAGGCCCGGAAAAUCGUUAAAGACUCUAACCACCCUAGCCAUAGACUGUUCUCUCUGCUUCUGCACGGCAAGCGGUACCGGUGCAUCUAGUCUAACACCAACAGGCUCCUGAACAGCUUCUAUCCCCAAGCCAUAAGACUGCUAAAUAGCUAACUAAAUAGCUAACAGAAUGGCCACACUGACUACCUGAGUUGACCUUUGUAUUUUAUUAUAUUUUAGUCUCAAUGCACACUCACAGGGCCCUACACAAAUACAAACACUCACUCCAUCAUUUGCUCACACACAUUUCUACUGACUUUAUACAUACCCACUCAUACAUCAUCAUGCUAUUCUGUUUAUCAUACAUCCUGAUGCCUAGUCACCUUACCCCUAUAUAUACCUACCUCUAUCACUCCAGUAUCCCUGCACAUUGUAAAUAUGGUACUGGAACUGACCCUGUGUAUAGUAUGCUUACAUACUUUAUCAUGUUCUUCUUAUUUUUAUUUAUUGUGUGUUUUUGUUGUUAUGUUAUUUUUAGUAUUACAUUGUUAUUGAUUACUGCAUUGUUGGGUUUUGAGUUUGCAAGAAAGGCAUUUCACUGUACGUGUGCAUGUAACAUUAAAACUUGAAACUUGUUCCAUUGGUCAGUUCCCGUAGUCCUGUCUGCAGUCAGUCAGUCGUUCAGGUAGUCGGUCAGUCAAUCAGUACGUCGGUUACCCUGUUAGACUGUUGUUCAGUCCAUUCAGUCACCCUGUUAGGCUGUUGUUCAGUCCAUUCAGUCACCCUGUUAGACUGUUGUUCAGUCCAUUCAGUCACCCUGUUAGACUGUUGUUCAGUCCAUUCAGUCACUCUGUUAGACUGUUGUUCAGUCCAUUCAGUCACCCUGUUAGACUGUUGUUCAGUCUAUUCAGUCACCCUGUUAGACUGUUGUUCAGUCCAUUCAGUCACCCUGUUAGACUGUUGUUCAGUCCAUUCAGUCACUCUGUUAGACUGUUGUUCAGUCUAUUCAGUCACCCUGUUAGACUGUUGUUCAGUCCAUUCAGUCACCCUGUUAGACUGUUGUUCAGUCCAUUCAGUCACCCUGUUAGACUGUUGUUCAGUCCAUUCAGUCACCCUGUUAGACUGUUGUUCAGUCCAUUCAGUCACCCUGUUAGACUGUUGUUCAGUCCAUUCAGUCACCCUGUUAGACUGUUGUUCAGUCCAUUCAGUCACUCUGUUAGACUGUUGUUCAGUCUAUUCAGUCACUCUGUUAGACUGUUGUUCAGUCCAUUCAGUCACCCUGUUAGACUGUUGUUCAGUCCAUUCAGUCACCCUGUUAGACUGUUGUUCAGUCCAUUCAGUCACUCUGUUAGACUGUUGUUCAGUCUAUUCAGUCACUCUGUUAGACUGUUGUUCAGUCCAUUCAGUCACUCUGUGGCUGCGUUCCAGGUUUUCUUUUUGCAGUCCUGCUACUCAGAUUAUCAGAUCUCACGUCGCCUGGAGAAGUAUCUAACAUAUCAGGAACCACUUUAACAUGAUGUAGUGAGCUUAUAUGCGCAGCACAACUGCAAAACACAACAACCUGGCAUGCCAGCCUUUCAGCCAGUCAACAAGCCCGUCAGUCAUAGUUAAUGUAUGUAUCCCUUUGUUCCUCCCUCCCUCCCUCCCUCCCUCAUAGGCCUCAGUGUGACCUCUGCCUGCUAGAGGAAUGUAAAGCACCAUGUUGGGGAUUCUAGAUUUUACCCCAUCUGUCACUCAAAGUAUUCCUGAGAAAACCACUCCCAUCUCAGACCUCACUCUAUUCCUGAUCGGUUCUUAGAAUGGGUUAUUAGAAUGUGGAAGCUGUCCGGGAAUUGGUUAGUUGGCUAUGCGAGUUUAUUCAAAGAGUGUUCAGAGAGUUAUUCAUAAUAUACACUGAGUGUACAAAACAUUAAGAACACGUUCUUAAUAUUGAGUUGCACCCCCUCCACCCUUUUGCCCUCAGAACAGCCUCAAUUGGUUGGGGCAUGGACUCUACAAGGUGUCAAAAGCAUUCAACAGGGAUGCUGGCCCAUGUUGACUCCAAUGCUUUCCACAGUUGUGUGAAGUUGGCUGGAUGUCCUUUGGGUGGUGGACCAUUCUUGAUACCCACGGGAAAUGGUUGAUUGUGAAAAACCCAGCAGAAACACAAACCGGUGUGUCUGGCACCUACUACCAUACCCCAUUCAAAGGCACUUAAAGCUUUUGUCUUGCCCAUUCACCCUCUGAAUGGCACACAUACACAAUCCAUGUCUCAAGGCUUAAAAAUCCUUCUUUAACCUGUCUCCUCCCCUUCAUCUACACUGAUUGAAGUGUAUUUAACAGGUGACAUCAAUAAGUGAUCAUACCAUUCACCUGGUCAGUUCUUAAUGUUCUGUACACUCAGUGUAUAUUGAUAUGUUUACUUUAAGACGCCCCUUUUAUAAGUUUAUAGACAGUUUAUAUGUGUAUAAAAUCAUGAAUUAACAGUUAUAAGUCAUUAGUUGGCUGUGGGUACAGUGAGGAGAGCUAUGGUAUGCAGUUCCCUCAGAGACAGCCACUAAACCAUGCUUCCCAAACACACAUGCAUUUAUAAUGUAAACUAAACAAUGGAGUCAAGACAACCAAUGACAGGCCUGCUUUCUUGAACACGACCACAUGGGCGUGUAGUUGUGGUAGCAAGUUCACUCUCAGAAAAGAAAUCAAAUCCUGUACGUGUCUGACUUCUUCGUAGGAACUUGCUUCCUUGGUAUUUGAAGGGGGAACACAACAGUCUCUGUAUUAGGCAACGUGGGAUAUAGAGAGGUAAUGUGUCAUAGCCGUCACCGCCGCAAUAUUUCACUGAUACAAAUCGUGUGUGAGAGACUCAAAUGGGCAGGGCAGUUUUAACAACCACUCAACCUCUGCUCUCUGUACUCUCUGUUCAGUCUCAGGGUGUGGCCAUGCUGAGGAAUCACUGUAUCAUGGAGCACAGCCAAGCCAUGUUACUGUUAUACACGUGGACACAAGUUUCAGCACUGUCACAUGAUGAAGUUGAGUUGAGACACAUCCACCUCUUAGCACAGUGACAUAGCAUAGGGGCAAAUCCUAAAUCAUGCAUCAAUGUCAGUGGGAGACUAGGUGAGUGAAAAUGUGACUUAGGUGGGAGUUAGGAUUGGUCCCAUUGAGACUAGUAAAGUAGGAGAUUCUAGAGACUGACUGCCAGUUGGUCUGGUCUGGCUACCCCAUGGAUAGUGACAUCCCUGUAUUUCCUGUUAACAGUCAGCUGCUAUAAGAACCGGAUGGUCAGGAGCAGAUGGGAAUCUUAUGAGAAGGGUGCAGCAGCUGUAUUAGCUGUUGACAGAUACUAAAACCAUGUGUUGAGAGUGAGAGACCGUGUUAUAUCUCAUCUAUCAGGUGGAAGGGUAAAGGUUGCCUCAAGAAUCUCCCCUACAGACGGUCAGUCAUUUUCUUUGAAACGUAAACGUACAAAAUGAUCGAACAUCUCAGAUAAUCUCCUAACAGGAGGGGCAUGUGGUUUGGUGUUUCACUGCAGCUCAGGCCCUGGCUGAGUGUCACUACCUUUUUUUUUUAGCUUAAUGGCUGGGGAGACUGCAGGACACAGACAACAAUGCUGAGAGUCUGAGACACACACACACGCGCCAUCCAUCUACAAAGCAGUAGCCAAUCUGCAGAACAAACAGGCCAGCCUGGGCGUACCAUCUCAUUACCCUGUGAUGAAACUAAGUGCAAUAACGAGCCUCCAUAAACAGAACAGAAUUAGAAAAACAUCAAUGACCAGUAACCAGCCAGUAGCAUAUCUCUUUCCUGGCCUACCAGAGUAUGAUUCCGUUAAGUAUUUAGUAGCCUGGGUUUUGUUUGCUCUAGUGUGCGGUAGAAGUGUGUUUAUGGUGUUUCAGGCCCUCUGAGUGUUACAACUACUGCCCUACUUACGACUUCCUGGGGGGGGAAAAGCAUUUCACCGAAUUCUGACCACGCCAGCUCCUGCUGCCAUGGAAACCUAGUAGGAAGACCCAUUGUUGUUUCCAAGAUCAGUUGGGAGGAGGGUUGGGGAAGAGGCUGUGUGGGUGGUAGAAUGGGGGGAAAUCAGGGGAGUUUUGAGAAACUGUGCAACGCCUCUCCAGGUCCCAUGUGUACAGCGCCACUUCACAUAAUAUUACAUCAUAAUUGUUUAAUUAAAAGUUUGGUUGAAGGUAGCAUACACACACGGAAUAAAAGCAAUGUCAUGUUGAAUUGUUAAUGUACAACAUGUCAUGAAUGUGAUAACAGCAAUGUUAUAAAUGUGAUAUGAAUGUUGUCGUUACCAUGUCGUAAGGUAUCUUGUGUGUGUGCGCUCUUCAACACUGCAGCUCGUCGUAUGACGUAAAGUCGGGGCUGAAGAUGGCGGUGAAGAAGCUGUCCAGGCCUUUCCAGUCGAUUAUCCACGCUAAGAGGACCUACAGAGAACUACGGCUCCUCAAACACAUGAAACACGAGAAUGUGAGU